AUGUUCGGAGGAAAAAAGGAAGAGAAGAAGGAGGAGGAGGAUGAUAAGGCAGAUGAGGAGAAACCCGAAGAGAAUGCUGAAGGUGGCGACGACGCUGGGGGAGGAGAUGAGGAGGGCGAGGAUGAAGUCCUUCAGGUUGCGAAGACGCGAAAGAUCAGCAAGGAGCAGUUCUUCAAGGAAGUUUCGGAUCGCACCAACCCUCCCUCAAGGGGUGAUACGGAGCAGGAGCGCGAUCACUGGUCUCGCCCAAGGCGAUGGCAGGUGAGGCUUUGGCAGGUGCGGAUCGAAAACAUGACGGACGAGGCCAUUUUGGUCUUCGGAAAUUUCAUCUUCGGCGGCACCAAGGAGGAAUUCUUGGUGAAGACUGGUGGCAAGGAGCCCUCCAUCUGGGUGGCUGGUGAUGAAGGUGUGAUCCUUCGAACACCUGUGGUGCAGGAUAUUCCCGGCUUUUUGGCAGAAUUUGUUCGCUCGCACCAGAGGGGUGUUGCCGGGUUCCCGGUGGAACCUACGGUGCAAAGCAAUGACAUGGCCACAGAGACCAAGGAUGGUUGUGGCCAGUUCAAAAGGUUCAGUGGAGAACCUUCUGGUGAGAUCUUCUCGGAGCAGGAGACGGUCGAGAUCCUUGCUGCGUCGUGGAAAGACAAGAGGGCAGAAAUAUCAUUUCUGGAGAAGAGCUGCAGAUUCAACCAGGCGAACGUCGUCAAAAAAAAGUUCGCUGUGGAAGUGGGCGAUGUGAGGAAGCAGACUCGCUGCUUCAAGUGCCAGAAGGUGGGCCACUAG